AUUUGGAGGAACGCUUUACUUCCUGUUUUGCUCCGAUGAAGCAACGUGGGUCCGCUGGAGUAUACUUGUGUUUAGUUAUGUGUGACAGUAGUAAUCAAAACCUUUAACAAUGCAGAUUUCCAGUAUAAAUGACGUGAAGAUUUAUAAUUUAAGCCACGGAAAAUCUCUUCCUGAGUGGUUGUCAGAUAGAAAAAAAAGGCAACUUCAAAAGAAAGAUGUUGACAUUCAACGCAGGAUCGAACUCAUUCAGGAUUUUGAAAUGCCCACAGUGUGUACUUCUAUUAAAGUAUCAAAGGAUGGGCAGUACAUUUUGGCUGCAGGGACAUACAAACCCAGGAUACGCUGUUAUGAUACAUAUCAGUUGUCUCUAAAGUUUGAGCGAUGUCUAGAUUCAGAAGUUGUGGCUUUUGACAUCUUAUCCGAUGACUACUCUAAGUUAGUGUUCCUCCACUGUGACCGAUAUGUCGAAUUCCACUCCCAACACGGACACUACUACAAGACGCGGAUUCCAAAGUUUGGGAGAGACUUUUCAUACCAUUAUCCAUCAUGUGAUCUUUAUUUUGUGGGCUCAGGAUCUGAGGUGUACAGGCUAAAUCUGGAGCAAGGGCGCUUUCUGAACUCUCUUCAGACAGAUGCUGUCGAGCACAAUGUCUGUGAUAUCAACCCUGUUCAUCAAUUAUUCGCCACUGGAACAUCUGAAGGUAGGGUGGAGUGCUGGGAUCCCCGUGUGAGAAAUCGUGUGGGUCUAUUGGACUGUGCCCUUAGCAGUGUCACCGAGGGAACAGAAGUUCAAGUUUUGCCUUCAAUUAGUGCACUGAAGUUCAAUGGGUCUCUUACCAUGGCAGUUGGCACCACCACUGGACAGGUUCUACUGUAUGACCUGCGCUCUAGUCAGCCACUGCUGGUUAAAGACCACUUCUACAAUCUUCCAAUUAAAUCUCUUAACUUCCAUGAUCCACUUGAUCUGGUGGUCUCUGCUGAUGCCAAGAUAAUAAAAAUGUGGAAUAAAGACUCGGGAAAAGUGUUCUCCUCUAUUCAACCUCAGACCAACAUCAAUGAUGUUUGCAUGUAUCCAAAGUCUGGAAUGCUCUUCACUGCUAAUGAAGAUCCUAAAAUGAAUACAUUCUACAUCCCUGCUCUGGGCCCAGCGCCACGAUGGUGCUCGUUCCUCGACAACCUCACUGAGGAGCUUGAGGAAAGUCCGGAGAGCACGGUUUAUGAUGACUACAAGUUUGUCACCCGCAAGGAUCUGGAAUACUUAGGGUUGUCUCAUCUUGUGGGAUCCUCUUUGCUCAGAGCCUACAUGCAUGGCUUUUUCAUGGACAUCAGGCUUUAUCACAAGGUUAAAAGCAUGGCAAAUCCAUUUGCGUAUGAGGAGUACCGUAAAGAUAAGAUCCGUCAGAAGAUUGAAGAGUCCAGGACCCAGAGAGUGCAAUUAACAAAAUUGCCCAAGGUGAACAAGGAGCUGGCACUGAAGCUAAUGGAAGAGGGUGAUGACGAGGCUGAGCUGGUUUCUAGGAAAAAGAAAGGAAAGGCUGUUCCUAGUAUUUUGGGUGAUGAUCGUUUUAAGGUGAUGUUUGAGAACCCAGACUAUCAGGUGGAUGAGCAGAGCGAGGAGUUUCGCCUUCUCAACCCCAUCGUGUCUAAAGUUGGCCAGAAGAGGAAGAAGAAACUGAGGGUGCUUUCACAACAGGCUGCAGCUGCUCAACAGGAGGCUGAGGAGGAGGAAGAGCCUGAAGGCCGUGCCAGUUCAGAGGAGGAAAGCUCAGAUGAUGAUAAGAGCUGGGUGGAGGAGGUGAGGGAGCAGAGACGUCUUCUGCGACAGGAGGACCGUGAGCGCCGGAUACAAGCGAGGAAAGAAGCCGACCGCAACACUGUCCUUCUGAACCGAGAGCAGAAUGGAACAUCCAAACCCAACAUGCCCACGGGGAAGAAGUCGAGCCAACCUCAGUUCUAUCAGAUUAAAGCUGGAGAGGAGUUCCGCAGUUUUAAUGAUAUGGCCCGCAAGCAGAAACUCCAAAAGGCAUCUCUGGAGGAGCGCCUGAAGCUGGAGGAAAAUUCUGGAAUAAGUAACAUGGCUGACACAGCAGUGGGAAGCAAACAGCUCACCUUUACUCUUAAAAAGUCGGAGCAACAGAAGAAGCAACAGCAGGCAGAGAGAGACCACCACGCAGAAAGAAAGAAACUGAGGCGGUCAGCCGGGCACCUGAGCAGCGCCAGAGGGAGGGGCCGUGGUAGAGGGAGGGGCCGAGGUCGAUUCUGAGGUGUCCCGUUAAAAACCUUCUAUCCCCAAAUUUGAUCUUUCACUCACAGAGAUGCCUUACAAGUGAAGAGUGUGGGAGACUCUGCACCAGGCAAAACUGACUGUAACAAAUGGACACGUUUGUGGGUGGGCUCUGCAAACAGUGGAGUGCCAUGUGCUUUAUGUGCAUGGAUUAAAAUUUUAAAUUUCACUUUCAAAGAUGGAGAAAUUUAUUGUGACUUUGAGAAGGUAAUUUAAGACGUUUAUUGGGUUAUGCAAGUGCUCUGAAAAUGUCUUUCUAAUAAUGUUGAUAUAUUUUUUGUGUGACUAUUGUGAUUUAAGUGGAUUAAUAUGUACUGUAUUAUAUUUGGUACAAAACAAACUUGACUUUUUCAUAGCAUCUAAAAAUACAACAAUGUAUUAUUAUUAUUAAUUAUUAGGUUUGUGCUCUUAAACACUAAAGGGCCCUCCUAUAUGCCAACAUUACCUUAUAGCAUCUAUACCAGACAGGCAUUACUUUCUCCCGGGCUUAGGAGUAGUUACAUCAGAAGUGUGUAAAGGGGUGGAGAAAAUUGAGUCCCCCCCAGCCAACUGCCGCAGUUCUUGGAAAUACCAGAACUUCUUGGGUGUCCUCCCCAUCCCCCUCUGCCCGCUCUCCCUGCAGCCGGAGUGUCGAUUCAGCAUUCGGCUUCUUUUUAAAAAGUGAAGGAGGAGUGUGGCAUCAGUGGCUUGUUUGAACUCACUUUGAUGUUGAAAUGCACUUGAGCUUCUUUAGUUUCAAGGCGGGAAAAGAUUCAAACUUGAUCCAAGAUCCAAAUUUUGUCCUAACAUAUAUCCCAUUUAUAGUUCCAAGUGUAUGCUUAAAAUGUAUACGAAAUGCAAACUAAAUUAGAACUUGGACACUGUUGUGUGAUAGUUACAAUAUUAGGAAAAUAAAACAAAAUAAAUACCUAACCUUAAACUACCUGUAGAAACAACGGCCAUCAGACCAUAAUCACCAUUUCUAACCAAUAACACAAUAACAAAAACAAUAGUUCCAAGUAAAUAUGGGUAAGUAAGUAGUACUAAAACUGCCAUUAGUACUGGGCUGCCUAAUCGCUGAACCUGUUGGUGGCAAGACAUCCAGAUUUUACAUGGCAAUGAGCUGCUAGCAGGAAGCUAUGUGAGUAGAGUUCAUGUUUGUUAUGUUCAUUGAAUGCAUCCAGGCUAAACUGAGGGUUGUGGGUCAGUCAGGGCUCUACACUUUAAUCCACUUAAACCCUUAGGAGGUCUGUGUUUAUGUCUCACAGGUGUUAACCACACGGUCAGAAUAUUGGCUAAGUUUGAAAGUAAUUUUCAGUACAGUAAAUGGGUCAGGGGCUAAAAGUUGGUCAGGGAAGAAGUUCCUCAGAAUUUUUCAGUUGGGUUCAGUUGACUUAAUUUGUACCCAUGGGCGGAUUUGUUUGGCAGCACUUUUCAUCUUUGCCAUCAAUACACACUUGGGACAAUAACAUGACCGACACACAUAAUGAAGCAUUCAAAACAGCAACAUUUGCUCAUAAGUAUAUCAGCUGAUAGAACAAAGCUGUUAUGUUGAAAUAAGUAGUUUAAAUUUUAAAGACAAACUGCUGUUCUCAGAUGUUCAGCAAACAGUUCAGACAGUAUUCAUAGAUGUGGAAAGGUACUAAGGGACUUUAUUUGUACAGAUACAGUAGGUUUUUUAAAGUUUUUUAAGUUUUCAGUCCUCUGAAAUGUCAUGUAUGCUCUGUAUUUUCUAGGUCUUGGAUAUACUAUUAAACAUUUCACUAUACACCUUUACUUCUCCCCAAAUCCUCAAUGGGACUGAAUGAGUCUUUGGUAUAGGCCCUUCUUUUUCAAACAGGAUCAAAGCUGUAGUGAAAAGUGCUGAUGCUGCUUGUUACUUCGGGCCAAUCCCUCGAGCCACAAAAGAUGUUCCAGUGAAAAUGUCGGUACACGGUUUUUUCAGUCUUCACACUGCCCAGUGAAAUGACCGGACAACUCAACCUUGAAAGAAGACCAGAAAUGAUGAGCCAGCACAGGACAG